UCUCCCAUAUCCAGCGUCUGCGCUCAGCGAGAAGCAUCAAGAGAAAGAGACGCGCGUUAAACACCUCGGUCUGUGUUUAUAUUCGAGCCUCUUUGUGGAGCCUCAGCCGUAGAUGCUUUUAUUAAACUGCAUCUUCCGGCACCGAGCCUUCGUCUGGUGCCUAAUCUGAACUAGAAAUCGACUCUGGAGGAACCGGAUUGGUCUUUACGCGGCGAGGAGUUGUCCGACUCCCGUGCGCUACGGUUGCAUCGUGGCUCUUUCACAACUGGCAUGUUCGAGGGGGACUACGGGCACAGUUGAACUCUGCAGUUCACACAAAGAGGAUUCAAUGAAAAUGUCUGUGUGCGUCCAUGAGAACCGCAAAUCCCGGGCCAGCACCGGCUCCAUGAACAUCUACCUGUUCCAUAAGUCCUCUUACGCCGACAGCGUCCUCAUGCACCUCAACUCCCUCCGGCAGCAGCGUCUCUUCACCGACGUCCUGCUCCACGCCGGCAGCCGCUCCUUCCCCUGUCACCGGGCCGUGCUAGCCGCCUGCAGCCGCUACUUCGAGGCUAUGUUCAGCGGCGGCCUUCGAGAAAGCCAGGCUAGUGAGGUGGAUUUCCAUGACUCCAUCCACCCGGAAGUGCUGGAGCUUCUGCUGGACUAUGCCUACUCAUCUCGGGUUGUCAUCAAUGAGGAGAAUGCAGAGUCCUUGCUUGAGGCAGGGGAUAUGUUGGAAUUUCAAGACAUCCGUGACGCAUGUGCAGAGUUCCUAGAGAGAAAUCUGCAUCCCUCAAAUUGUUUGGGCAUGCUGUUGCUAUCGGAUGCCCACCAGUGCACCAAGCUGUCCGAACUGUCCUGGGGCAUGUGUCUCAGCAAUUUCCCUGCCAUCUGCAAGACCGAGGACUUCCUCCAGCUGCCAAAAGACAUGGUUGUUCAGCUUUUGUCCCAUGAGGAGCUGGAGACAGAGGAUGAGAGACUAGUCUACGAAGCUGCCCUCAACUGGGUCAACUACGACUUAGAAAAGAGGCACUGUUACCUUCCUGAGCUCCUUAGAACAGUGAGACUUGCUUUGCUGCCCGCUAUAUUUCUAAUGGAGAACGUUUCCACAGAGGAGCUGAUCAACGCCCAGACAAAGAGCAAAGAGUUGGUGGAUGAGGCUAUUCGCUGUAAGCUCAAGAUCCUACAAAAUGAUGGAGUGGUCAAUAGCCCGUGUGCACGCCCCAGAAAAACUAGCCACGCCUUGUUCCUUUUGGGAGGGCAGACAUUUAUGUGUGACAAAUUAUACCUUGUAGAUCAAAAGGCCAAAGAGAUAAUCCCAAAAGCUGACAUUCCAAGUCCAAGAAAAGAGUUCAGUGCAUGCGCCAUUGGUUGUAAGGUGUAUAUCACAGGUGGAAGAGGCUCGGAGAAUGGGGUAUCCAAAGACGUGUGGGUGUAUGAUACAGUUCAUGAAGAAUGGUCCAAAGCAGCCCCCAUGCUCAUCGCCCGGUUUGGCCAUGGUUCUGCGGAGCUCAAACACUGUCUCUAUGUAGUUGGAGGUCACACUGCAGCAACGGGCUGUCUCCCCGCCUCUCCAUCUGUGUCCCUCAAACAAGUGGAACAAUACGACCCAGUAGCAAACAAAUGGACCAUGGUAGCCCCACUCAGAGAGGGUGUUAGCAACGCAGCAGUGGUCAGCGUGAAGCUCAAGCUGUUUGCCUUUGGUGGCACUAGUGUUACUCAUGAUAAGCUCCCCAAAGUGCAGUGCUAUGACCCCCAGGAGAACCGAUGGACUGUGCCUGCCUCGUGCCCGCAGCCAUGGCGAUACACAGCCGCAGCCGUGUUAGGAAAUCAGAUUUUUGUAAUGGGCGGUGACACUGAGUUUUCUGCCUGUUCUGCAUACAAGUUUAGCAGUGAGAGCUACCAGUGGACUAAAGUGGGGGAUGUGACAGCCAAGCGCAUGAGCUGCCAGGCUGUUGCAUCAGGAAACAAAUUAUAUGUAGUGGGAGGGUACUUCGGGACACAGAGGUGUAAAACUCUGGACUGUUACGACCCAACACUGGAUGCAUGGAACAGCAUAACAACAGUGCCAUACUCACUCAUUCCAACGGCUUUUGUCAGCACCUGGAAGCAUCUGCCAGCCUAAAACAAGCCAUCCUCGUGCUUCUUAAUGAGAUUGCUUUCGUAUCAUCCACUGGACUCGAGCUGUGAAGACAGAGACAUGCUUUACUCCUGAGCUGUGAUGGACUGUACAGAUGUCUGUGCUGGUUCUCGUCAUGUUGUGACGAUUCACAAACAGAAUCAUGUACGACUGAAUGGACACUUUGAUGAAAUGAUAUCAUCCAUCUUCUCGGACUUGACUUAGAGCCACACAAACACCCUGUGUUCACGGCUUGCUGCAUACCUUUAAAAUCCAUAUCAUGCUUUUAUUGUGGAAAAAAAAUUUAUGACUUGGUUUCUUCAGUGUAUUAAAAUAAUGAGUAUUCUUAAGCAGAGUGCCAUGUACCGCAUGAAGGACUUGUUUAACGGCAGGGUGAGUGCAUGGCUUGUGUGCUUCAGUUUAAAGCUCAACUGAUUUCUCAAAAGCACAAUGAAGGAUCUGCCCUCUGUGUCUUCUGAUAAGCUCCCUUGUAUUCCGUUUUUGUCCUGCAGUGGGACAGGGCAGGUAGUGUUCCUCCCAUGAUGCUUUGGUGUGAUGGCGUUCCACACCGGCUGAGUGGAGGGGGAGGGGUGUCAUGCUGCCCCCCCAGGUCGAGGUGCCUCAGGGUCACGACCUUUCACGUAUUUGUUGUUUCGCGGCUCAGUUUAAAUGCCUGUAGAGCGCUGUUUUAAUGCACAGACUGCACAAAGUGACGUGUCUGAAUUUAGGACACUCCAGUAAAAGAGGACUAAAUAUUGGCUAAUUGUGUAAACAGUGGCUCAUGCCUGGACUCCUUACUGAAGCAUGUCUGCUCAUUACAAAAACUGGCAUGAUUUCUAAUAUGUGGUUACAAAAAAAUUAUAAACUGAGAAUGAAUAAGUUACAUUUUCUUGCAAUGUACUUUUCUUAAUUAAUUUAUCUGACAAUAGUUAUUCUGUUCUAAUUUAUUUCUUCAUUGCCUGCAUUCAUAUGUAAAUGAAUGUGCUGUUGGAGGGUGUCAUGCAUGAUAAGAUACUUUUUUAUUUAGAUUUUUUUUUUUAGUUGUGUUGCAUUUUGCACAGUUCAGUCUUUUCUGCCUGAAAUAACAGUUUAAAAAGGACACAGGAGACGUCCAGGUUUUGAGUUAGUUGUGGGUGGGAAAGGAAAGUGGCUCGGGUUAUUAACUAAAGCUGUUUGAAACAUAAGGUCACAGCUCUCACAAAAGCAUUAGAUGAGUGUUAGACAAUACUCAUGUAUAGCAGCCUGAUACAGAUUGUAACCAUCUCCACAGAAUGUGCGAGCGAUGACUCAGAGGGGUCAGUACACUGUCAGUGCAGCUGGAUACGCUCUAAUAUAGCAGACCACAGUUAACAUGCAGUCUUCUUUACCUUCAUAUUUUAUAAAUGUGGGCUCCUGUUGAUAAGGGCAGACACCGCAGUGCUUUUCACCAUGACGUCUCUAAAAAUAAGAAUAAGAACAAAUAUGUUUCUUGAGACCAAAAAUGAAAGAAUGUCUUAAACUUGUUCUGAUAAAGAAAUUAGUGUUUUUAGUGUUCCUGUCUGUCUCUUGUCUUGUUUAUUGAACAAUGAGGAAUAACAGAAAUCACCCAAACUUUGAGGCAAUGUUUUGGUAAAUUUGAUAAAUCAUAUUGUCUUUCUAAUGCAUUUGUGAUGCAAGUCUAAUCUCCUUACUUAACUCUAAAGAACCUUCAUAAAAAAAAAACAACUAAAAAAAACUCCUGAGGCAGACCUUUUGCCAUAAUGACCUCCUCAGCCCCUGCUCACUGCACAGAGCACCACCAAUUGGAUCGGACUGUUUGUCCCCACAGAAUUUAUGUUUCCUUGGCGACGUAGAAUUGAAUGCCCCUUCAAUUUGGACAUAAUUGCUGGCAUUUCCAAAUUUUGACUCACAGCAUUACUUUCCUGCUUUCCUCUGUUUACUGUUACUUUAAAGUGCUUCAUAUCAAUGUCAAUUUACACAACCCUGUCCGUGUGCAUUCGUUUGAUUAUUUUGUCAUGUGAAAUUUUAUUUUCUAUUUUUAUGGCAUUAUUUUGUACAUGCAUUUUUUCACAAUGUGAAAUUCAUGGCUAAUAAACAUAAGAGUUUUUUCCUCUUGACUGU